GAACAAAACAAUCACAUCACACACACGCACAGCAAUUUCUGUGAAUUUAAAUACCAAACUCCAAACAUAAACACUACUCUUAAUUCUUAAAUAUUCCUUUCCUACCCAACCAAUCAAAAUCAAAUUCACGUUUCGUUCUCAAAUCAAAAACCCUAAAUCCCCAAAUUGGACAUGCUCGUUCUUCGUUUCAAUCAAUGGGUAUGACCACAAGCAACCGUAAACGCUCUGAAGAAUGCAUGUCCGUCCUCACCAAUCACACCACCAUCUCUAUUUCUCAACCAUCUUCAAAACGACCCAAAUUUUCAUACCAAUCGACCCGACCCGUUUCCACCUCAAACGCCAUCGUUUCCAGACUCUCCCGUUACCCAGACACCAAACCCCAAUUCCUCCGUGAAGUUCACGCGCCGUGUAGACCUAGAAAAUUCAACCUUUCCAGAAAAUUAUCGAAUUUCGGCGAUUUCAUUGACAUGGGUAAUUUUCUGCAGAGGAAUUACGAGAAGGUGAAGCGUUCGGCGUUGGGAAAAUGCAGAUUGGUGACACAGAAGGAGAAGGUGGUGAUUGAUUUGGAUUCAGAUGGGGAGGAUUCGGAUGAUUCUGGGGUUGUGGAGGUUGUUGAGAUUCGUGAUACGGAGAUGAAGGAUGUUGAAAUUGGGGUUCAACGGAGGUUAACGGAUUCAGCUUUGACUAAUGCGGUGGUGAAUGUGGAGGACCAUGAUCUUUCCAGUGUUCAUGUGUAUAAGAAGUUGCUUCAAGGUGUUCAGAGAAGGACUGAUACAAUUCAAAGUUUGAAUUUUCAAAUUGAGUUGAAUGAGAAGAGGAGAGAUAUUUUUCAAUUGUUAAGGCCUAAGAAGGAACUUAUUGAGGAAGUUCCAUUUGAGCCUUUUGUCCCUCUCACAGAUGAUGAAGAAAUUGAGGUUUCUUGCGCAUUUUCCUCCAACCGGAGAAAGGUAUUGGUUGCUCAUGAGAGUUCUAAUAUUGAGGUAUCAGGAGAAAAGAUGCGAUGCCUUCUUCCGGGUGCAUGGUUAAAUGAUGAGGUGAUAAAUUUGUACCUCGAGUUGCUGAAAGAGAGGGAGCGAAGAGAACCCAAGAAGUUUCUGAAAUGUCAUUUUUUCAGCACCUUUUUCUACAAAAAGUUAAUAAGUGGCAGGGAUAGAUAUGAUUACAAAUCUGUCCGAAGAUGGACGACUCAAAGGAAAUUGGGAUACAGCCUAUUUGAUUGUGAUAAAAUAUUUGUACCCAUCCACAAAGAAAUUCACUGGUGCUUGGCAGUUAUCAAUAAAAGAGAUGCAAAAUUCCAGUAUCUUGACUCAUUGAAAGGAAUGGAUCGUCGUGUGCUAGAAGUGCUGGCUAGGUACUAUGUAGACGAAGUAAAAGACAAAACUGGAAAAGAUAUUGAUGUAAGCACCUGGGAGAAAGAAUAUGUCGAAGACCUUCCUGAGCAGGAAAAUGGGUUCGAUUGUGGCGUGUUUAUGAUCAAAUAUGCCGACUUCUAUAGCAGAGGCCUGGGUCUGUGUUUUAACCAGGAACACAUGCCUUACUUCCGGCGCAGGACAGCUAAGGAGGUAUUGCGAUUGAGAGCUGACUAAGCAAAGGGGUGACCAGUCAUCAGUAUCCCAGUCCAAUACUCCAUCAUCAGCAUAGAAAUUUUGGUAGCAGUAGUUGAUGGAGGAUCUUCACUUAUGGAAUUGGAGCUUUUGCUUGCUCUGAAGUUGAACUGACUACACAUAUGCCCCGGUGUCUAGGUACAACGCAUCGAUAGUGUAGAACGCAGUAGGUUGUAUAUACAGUAUACAAAAGUGAACUAUUAGAUGGGGAUGAGGUUUCAACUAUGUAAUGGCAUAAUUGCUUCCUCUCUAUUCUCUUUCUAUUCAGUUUUGUAUUGUUGGUAGUGUUGAGCUUAGUAGGUUUGCUCGGAUAGUGUUUGUUCCUUUGUUCAAGGAAAUUGAGGGGAAAGAAAAGAAUGGUGAUUUCAUAGGUAAUGAUUGUGGCAGGCUCUACAAUUUGAGCAAUGGUUAAACCUAAUUUUGAAUAAAUUUUAUUUUGUAAACUUGUUUGAAGAGAAGUGAUUUAUGUUUGAACUUUGAAGUAACAUUUAAUGUGAAUUAUUUUGUGAUA